UACAAAUCGUUCAGUUUGAGAAGAGACCUAAAUAACAUCGUUAGGAAUUAAUUGAAGAAAAAGUGGAUCCAAAAGAGUGAAAUUAGAUAAAAGAUGCGGGGGGGCUUAGUCGGAAGCGUGUGUUUCCUUGCCUUCCUGUUAUCUUCGGGUAUCAAAGGUCAAAAUGUUUUAAAUUCCCAAGAUCUCCAAGGUUUGCAAGAAGAAGCGAAAAGCAAUGCUGCAGUGGCUGGAGAGCAAAAAAGUAGUGACAACAAAGACAAAACGUCCGUUGAAGAUGAAGAAAAGUCAGGUUUCGCAUCCUAUACUGGAAGCGGUACUCAUGGAAAUGCAGCAAGACCAAAUUGGUCUGUUCCACAAAACUAUGGACCAAAUACACUUUCACAAGCAAAUGCACAAGCUUCAGCAAACGCACAAGCAUUAGGCAGUAUGGGCGGAAUUAUGGGCGGACAAAUGGGCGGACAUAUGGGCGUACAAAAUCCCGUAUAUGGUUACGGCUAUCCUGGUUCAAAUGCAGCUAGUACAUUCUCUGAAGCCAAGGCUCUAGUGCAUGCAGGCGGUGGAACACCAUACGGGCACUCAGGAUGGAGAUCAGAUGUUGAAGUUGAAUCAGAUGGAGUAGCUGAUUCUGCGGCAAGGAAUGAACAGGAUGACAACGACGCAUCUGAUGCAGAUGCGAGUAGCAGAACGGGAGUGGGCUAUAACUACGGAGCAUUUUCUGGCGCUGUAUCGAGAUUAGUUCCGCAAAAUGAAUACGUUCAUCCAGAUUUGGUGCCAGGAGGACAAAGUGUGAUUACGUGUACACGCGAAUAUGAAAUACACACCAUUUGGUCCCCGGCUUUCCAAUGCCUGGUUUGUGUGUGUGUUCGUGAUGGAUGGACUUUGAGAGCUGCCUGCGUCAGUUGCAGCACCUGUGCGACGAAACCAGAACCAAAACCGCCAGUGCACACGAUUCCAUUCCCACCACCUCCACCUUUAGUACCUGAGUCACAAGUAUCUUGCUCGCCUCUACCAACUAACACGCCGUUCGAAAAUCCAUUGAAUCCAUGUCAAACGUGUAUAUGCAACAAAGUUGUCAAUGUGUACGGCCAAGAGGAUGUUCAGAUCAAAUGCGAAGAAAAUCCAAGUUGUGUAACACCGCCAGAAUUUAUUCCGAUACCCCCUCUUCCAACACCACCGAGACCUGUACCAAUGCCGCUUUGCGAUAGCUUACCACCCAACGUGCCAUUCCCACAUCCUACAGAGAAUUGCACGAUAUGCAAGUGCGUGGAAGAGACAACUUAUCUUCUAACAGAAAAGAGGAUGAUUUGCCAACCGGAUCCCCUAUGUCAUCCCCGUCGCGAAGAGAUGACACAACCACCACCAGUUCCUGAAUUCCCAAUAAUGCCCUACCCACCUACACCGUCACCUACGCCAUCACCACCAUUAAUUCCAGAUCAUACCCAAAGACCGACCGAAAUAGAUCCAAUUCCUUGGCCACCAAUUGUACAACCGCUACCACGACCACCUAGCCCGCUUCCUGGACCACCACCGCAUGACACCUGCAGGCCCUAUCCUCCAAAUACACCAUUCCAACAUCCAUGGGACGAGUGUCAAAUCUGCGUUUGCAGCGAAAUAUACGGAAACAACGUAGUAAACAUUGAAGUUAACUGCUACACUAAGAAAUCGUGCUGUAUCGAGCCACCAAUACCUGAACCACUAGGUCUACCUUAUAAACCGGCACCGUCACCAGGUAUCUUAGGCCCUCCGUUGGACGGCAACCUUAUAUUUAUUGAACCAACAUGCAGAUACAGACCACCUAACCAACCAUACGUCAUGGACUGCAACAUCUGCACAUGUGAAACUGUAUACAAAUACGUUUACGCGAAAUGUACACCUCAACCCAACUGUGGAAACUACGGCCAAGUAUCGCCAUAUGGUCAAAUUGGUUCAAUGUUGGGCAGCAGUGCUAGUGCAGCCGCGAUGGCUCAAAGUAAUCUUAAUUCCCAAGCUUCCGCUGAUGCAGCAGCUAUAGCAAAUGCUCAACAGCAAGGUUACCAGUCUCUGGCAUCAUCUGCUUCGCAAGCUUUAUCUCAGGCUAAUGGCUACGGGUCAUCAUCUGCAGAUGCGGUUUCCAAUGCUAUAUCAGAAUACAAUCAAGGCCAAGCUAGUAGUUCAGCAUUAGCAAACGCUAUAGCUAAUAGCAAUCAAUAUCCUUAUAGUGGCGUACCUCCCUCAUCCAGCUACAGUUCAGCUGAAGCUACGGCAAAUGCUCAAGCAGGGAAUCUAAACCUCUCGCCUUACAGCAACUCACUUCUAUAUAGUCCACUUGGUGGACAAUUAAAUGCAGAUGCUAUAGCAAAUUCUCAAACAGGAAAUAUGAAUUUAUCCCCAUUUGGUAAUUCAUAUCCAUAUUCCCCAGGCAGUGCACCGUCUAGUGCUCAGGCUCAAGCUGAGGCUAUAGCGAAUUCUCAAACAGGAAAUAUGAAUUUAUCCCCAUUGGGUAAUUCAUAUCCAUAUUCCCUAGGCAGUGCACAGUCUAGUUCUCAGGCUCAAGCUGAGGCUAUAGCGAAUUCUCAAACAGGAAAUAUGAAUUUAUCCCCAUUGGGUAAUUCAUAUCCAUAUUCCCUAGGCAGUGCACAGUCUAGUUCUCAGGCACAAGCUGAGGCUAUAGCGAAUUCUCAAACAGGAAAUAUGAAUUUAUCCCCAUUGGGUAAUUCAUAUCCAUAUUCCCUAGGCAGUGCACAGUCUAGUUCUCAAGCUGAUGCUAUAGCGAAUUCUCAAACUUCUCUUUUAUCUCCAUAUGGUAACUAUCCAUAUGCCCAAAGUGGGGGGCAAUCUAGCGCACAAACUCAAGCAGAAGCUUUAACCCAGUCUAGUAAUUUAUCCCCGUAUGGUAUUUAUGGUCAAGGACAGUCCAGUGCGCAGGCGCAGGCUGAAUCGCAAGCCCAAUCUGGUGGUGUUUAUCCAUACGGUUAUCCUUACUCACCUGGUAGUGGUCAGUCGAAUGUUCAAGCUGACGCGUUAGCUAAUGCUCAAACUAUCAGCACGUCACCAUAUGGAAGCUAUCCUUAUUACCCAGGACAAUCUUCUGCCCAAGCUCAGGCUGGAGCUAUGGCCAAUGCUCAAUCUCAAACUUUGGGUUCUCCAUAUGGCGUUAAUCCUUACCUUGGAGGUAGUCAAUCUAGUGCCCAGGCCCAAUCUGACGCAGUGGCUGCAUCUCAGAUGUAUCCGUCAUUGUAUCCAAAUCCGAUAAAUAAUAUAGAAUCACUAUAUCAACCUGGUAUGAACGGAUGGGAUGCUGCUGGGCAAUCAGCACUGGUACAGGGUCAAGCGCAAGCAGAUGUUCAAACAUCAUUAUACGGUGGAUCUUCUGUUGGUACUCAGUCGCAAGCAAUGACACAAGGCAGCGAAACCGCUCAAAGUCUAGCUCAAGCCGCGUCUAUGUCGGGCAGACCUUUAAUAAAAUCAGGAAAAGGGCUUUGCAAGUACGCGGGUGAUAAAUACCACCACAACUGUCAAGCGUGCUACUGUCUUGCGGAGGCCAGCGGCAAAAUUUACACCCUCUGUCUGGGCAACCCUUGCGCGUAGGAUUCCUGGACAAGGUCGAGAAGAAGACGAUACUUCAAAUUCCUCAGAAGCAUGAAAAAAAACAAUAUUGAAGACGAUGAAAAUUUACCAGCUGAUUAUUUACUAACGAUGUGCGUAUAUAAGCAAUAUGACAGCACGCUUACCCCAAAUAAAAUAGCCAUUAAAAUUUGUCAAUAAAGUUUAAUUUUGUGUUUCAGAAAUAAAAUGUAUUUUAGGUUCCUUA